AUUCUUGAGUCGCACUUGCCACAUUCCCAAUGCUUGACGUGGUUGGUGGCCACUGUGUUGGGCAGCACGAAUGCAUAGUGCUCCCACCGGCGCAGCGAGUUCCACUGCAGUUCCAGAAGAUGGGACCGAGAUCAAUCAUCAGUGUCACUUUAGGCAACUGUACCCUCGUCUGAUUCUACCCGUCACUUAAGGACCACACCCGGUGAAGUGUGUUUUGUUCUCUUUUGCAGACUCAGUUUCCAAGCGUCGGAGUAAUUUUGUAGAGAAAAAUGCCUACCGGAUGCAAAGAGAGGCCAACUUUUUUUGAAAUUUUUGGGAUGAGAUGCAGCCAAGCAGAUUUAGGACCAAUAAGCAUUAAUUGGUUUGAAGAACUUUCUUCAGAAGCUCCACCAUAUAAUUCUGAAACUGCAGAUGAAUCUGAAUAUAAAACCAGCAGUUAUGAGCCAAACCUAUUUAAAACACCACAAAGGAAACCUUAUCAUCAGUUGGCUUCAACUCCAAUAAUAUUCAAAGAGCAAGGUCUAACUCUACCACUGUAUCAAUCUCCUUUUAAAGAAUUAGAUAAGGACAGCUUAGAUUUAGGAAAACAUAUUAAGCAUAAAAGUUGUUGCACAAUGAAGGCUAAAAUGGAUCAAGCAAAUGAUGUUAUCAGCCCACCUCUAAAUUCUUGUCUUAGUGAAAGCCCUGGUGUUCUACGAUGUACACAUAUGACACCACAAAGAGAAAAAUCAGUGGUAUGUGGAAGCUUAUUUCAUACACCGAAGCUUAUGAAGGGUCAAACACAGAAACAUAUUUCUGAAAGUCUAGGAGCUGAGGUGGACCCUGAUAUGUCUUGGUCAAGUUCUUUAGCCACACCACCAACCCUUAGCGCUACUGGGCUCAUAGUCAGAGAUGAAGAAGCACCUGUAUUUCCUGCAGCUGUAUUUCCUAAUAAUACUACUGCUAUUUUGAAAAGCUACUUUUCUAACCAUGAUGAAAGUCUGAAGAAAAAUGAUAGGUCUAUCCCUUCUGGGCCAGACAAUGAAAUAAAAAAUCAAAGAGAAGCUAAAAGUCAUGUUUUAACAGGAUUGGGGAAUGCAUUUGGUAAAGUAAGUAGCUGCAAAGACUAUUUUGGAAAGUCAGUGCCAAAUGUCCCAGAAGGUGAAGUACACGAAAAGGUUGGAAGUAUUUCUGAAGAAGAUAGUUUUUCAUUAUAUGUUUCUAAAUAUAAAAAAAGAAGUCUACAAAAAAUAAAAACUGGCAAGACUAGGAAAAAUACUUUCAAUGAAACAAAAACUGAUACCUGUGAAGAACCUAAAAAACAAAUGAAAGAAAAUAAACAUUCAUUUGUUUCUGAAAUGGAACCAGAUGACAGUGAUCCAUUAGUUUCAAAAAUAACGAUUCAGAAGACCUUUUGGAAUGGAAGUGACAGAAUCUCUGAGGAAGCUGUACAGUCUCCUGCCUUCGAAUGGUCUCAGCUAACCCUCUCAAGUUUAAAUGGAGCCCAAAUGGGGAAAAUGCCCCUACAGCAUAUUUCUUCUUGUGACCAGAAUAAUUCUGAAAAAGACCUCAUAGGCACAGAGAAAGAAUGUACCAACUCAAAGACAGAGAAGAUACUAAAGGAGGAAACAGUGGUGAAUAAGAGAGACGAAGGACAGUGUCUUGGAUCUCAUGAAAAUUCCACUCUUGUGGUAAAGCACACAGUAUCUGAAACUUUGCUAAUAGCUUCUCCUCAUCAGGAUAUCAAAAAGUCUCCAUUCAGGAUAAGAGAAUCACCUGAAGAGACACCCAGUGCAGUUUUCUCAAAAAAUAUGACUGUUCCAAACUUUAAAGAAGAAUCUGAAUCCUCUGAAAAUAGAUUGGAAAUUAGUACUAUUUUCUCCCAGAAAGAGAGUUCUUUAUGUACAAGUUCAGUUGAUAAUGGAAGCCAUCCAGUCACUAUCAAACAUACUUCUGUAGCUUUGAAGAAAACAGGUUUAAUAUCCACUUUGAGAAAGAAAACUAAAAAGUUUAUAUAUGCUAUAAAUGAUGAAACAUCUUACCAAGGACUAAAAAUGCAGAAAGAUCAAGAAUCUGGACUGACUAACUGUUCUACCCAAUUUGAAGCAAACACUUUUGAAGCACCAUCUACAGUUAGAAAUGCUGAUUCAGGUUUAUUGCACUCUCCUGUGAAAAAAAACUGUUUGCAGAAUGAUUCUGAAGAACCAACUUUGUCUUUAACUAGCACUUUUAGGAGAAUUCUGAGAAAAUGUUCUAAUCAUGAAAGCAGUUCUCCUAAUAAUAAAAUAAUAUUUCAGGAUCCUGAUUAUAAAGAAACAAAAAUUAAUAAAGAAAAACUGCAGUCACUUAUAACCACAGAAACUGAUGAUCUGUCAUGCUUGCAGGAAAAAUAUUGUGAAGAAGAUCCAGAACACCAAAGAGUUUUAGAUAUAAAAGAAAAGGUCUUGUCUGCAGUAUAUCACCCUGCAAUGCCACAUUCAGAAAUGGAAUGUAAUGGUAUUCACUUUCAAUCCCAGGAAAGUGUUUUAUAUGACCGCGAUAAUACCAGCAUUUUAACUCCUAGCUCUAAGGAUCCUCCAUCAAACCCAGUAUUGAUUUCUAGAGGAAAAGAAUCAUAUAAAAUGUCAGAGAAAGUAAAAUGUAAGAAUUGUGAAGCUGGUUUUGGUGUAACCAAAAAUAUUCCCAUGGAAAAGAAUCAAGAAAUAUUUGUUUCAAAUGAAAAUUCUAAAAAAAUGGAGAUGUUGUCACCUGAAACAUACAUAAGAGUAGCAUCACCUUCUGUUAAGAUACAAUUCAAUCAAACUACAAAUCUCACAGUAACCCAAAAAGAUCAAGAAAAGACCACUUCAAUUUCAAAAAUAACUAUCAAUUCAAACUCUGAAGAACUUUUCCAAGAAAAUGAGAAUGAUUUUGUCUUUGAAAUAACUGAUGAAUGGAAUAUUCCUUUUUUAGAAAAUAAUGAGAAACUUCAAGAGGCAGACCUCAGUUGUGUCAGAGAACCUAUUCUUCAGAAGUCUACCAUGGUAGUAGAUACAGGAACUGAUGACAAACAAGCAGCCAAAGUUUCAAUUACAAAAGAUUUUGAUUCAUCAAAUGUAGUCCAUGAUCUUACAGAGAAGAACAGAAAGAAUGUAAUGCAGCCAAUGACUCUAGGUGAAGAUUCAAAGUCAGACAUACCCUUGGACAUAGAUGAGAAAUCAAACCAAAACUAUGAUUAUAUGGACAUGUGGGCAGAACUCUCAGAUCCCGUUUCAAAUCACAAUUUUGAACAUGGCUUCAGAACAGCUUCUAAUAAAGAGAUAAAACUCUCUGAACACACCGUUAAGAAAAGUAAAGUGUUCUUCAAAGAUAUUGAAGAACAUUUUUCUACUAGCUUAGCAUGUGUUGAAAUUAUAAAUACCUCACUGUUAGAAAAUCAAAAGAAACUAAGCAAACCUCACACACUUGAUUCACAGUCAACUGAUAUUGUAUUUGGGUGUGCGCAGAGUAGUGCACAUGCUUCUGACAGUGAAAAUAGUCACACAACUCCAACUUUGCCUUUGAAACUAGAUUUUAACUCAAACCAUAACUUAACACCUAGCCAAAAGGCAGAAAUCACAGAACUUUCUACUAUAUUGGAAGAAUCAGGAAGUCAGUUUGAAUUUACGCAGUUUAGAAAACCAAGCCACAAGAUGCAGAAUAAUCCACUUGAAAUGCCUGAAAACCAGGUGACUGUUUUGCAUACCAUUUCUGAGGAAUGGAAAGAUGUUGAUCCUCCUUUCACAAUUAAUCCCCCAGCUAUCGGUCAGGUUGAUAGCAGCAAGAAGUUUGAAGGUAAGCAAAAGUUUGCUUCCUCUUUGAAAACCAACUAUAACAAAAGUGCUUCUGGGUAUUUAACAGAUAAAAAUGAAGUGGAGUUUAGAGGCUUUUACUCUGCAAAUGGCACAAAACUGAAUGUUUCCAGUGAAGCACUGCAAAAAGCUGUGCGGCUGUUCAGUGACAUUGAGAAUAUUAGUGAGGAAACUUUUGCAGAAGUAGGCCCAAGAAGUUUCUCUUCAAGUAAAUGUAAUGAUUCUGUUGUUUCAGUGUUUAAGGUGGAAAAUUAUAGCAAUGAUAAAAAUUUUAAUGAAAAUAAUAAAUGCCAACUAAUACAACAAAAUAAUAUUGAGAUGACUGCUGGCAUCUUUGUUGAAGAAAAUACUGAAGAUCAAAAGAAAAACACAGAAAAUGAUAAAUACAUUGGUGCUAGUAGAAAUAUUUGUGACUUAGGAGAAUCUGAUGGCAAUGAUUCAAGUGAAAAUGAUACAGUUUUAGUUCAUAAAGAUGAAAAUGGUUUGCCAUGUAUUUUUGAUCAGCACAACAUACAUGUAAAAUCAUCUGACCAGUUUGUGAAGGGGGGAAACACUCAAGUCAAAGAAGGUGUGUCAGAUUUAACUUGCUUGGAAGUUGUGAAAGCUGAAGAAAUAUGUCAUGUUCAUACAUCAAAUAAACAGUUAACUGCUAAUAAGAUGGGACAAAACAUAAAAGAUUUUGACGUUUUUGAUGUAUCCUUUCAGACUGCAAGUGGGAAAAAUAUCAGAGUCUCCAAAGAUUCAUUAAAUAAAGCUGUAAAUUUCUUUGAUCAGAAAUGUGCAGAAGAAUUUAAUAACUUUUCAGAUACCUUGAAUUCUGAGUUACUUUCUGGAAUAAAUGUCAACAGAAUAGAUAUUUCAAGUUAUGAGGACACAGAUAUGGUUAAAGACAAAACAUUGAAAGAAAGUGACUCAUUUGGUGUUGAAAAUCAAUUAUUAACUCUCCAACCACGACCAGAAUAUGAAAUCAAAAAAAUCAAAGAACCUACCAUGUUGGGUUUUCAUACAGCUAGUGGGAAAAAGGUAAAAAUUGCAAAGGAAUAUCUGGACAAAGUGAAAAAUCUUUUUGAUGAAAAAAAGCAAGAUAAAAAUAGUGAAACCACUAAUUAUAGCCAUCGAAAGUCAAAGAUGCUAAAGGACAGAGAAGAAUGUAAAGAAGGGCUUGAAUUAGGAUGUGAGACUGUUGAAAUAACACCUGCCCCAAAGUAUGAAGAAAUGCAUAGUUCUCUAAAGGAGAAAAAACUUGCUUCUAAUGAGUUUGCCAUGCCACCUAGGCUCUUAAGUGAUCAUUUAUACAGACAAACUGAAAUUUUCAAAAUAUCAGAUAGUAUCACUCUGAAAAUUCAAAACAUAGAAACAGCACAAAGUCCUACAACUUGUUGCAUAAAUCAGUCCACUUGUUCAGCCAUUAAAAAUUCUGCUGUAGCAUUUUUCACAGGACAUGGUAGAAAACUUUCGGUGAGUCAGGCUUCACUACUUGAAGGAGAAUUGGAUGAUCAGCCAGAAAAAAUAAAUGCUGCCAAUGUUAUAUGUUUAAAAGACUAUCCUGAGAAUUAUGUAGAAAAUCCUUCAUGUGGAAAUCACUCAAACAGUAUCAUAACUGAAAAUGACAAAAAUCUUACCUCUGAAGAACAAGAUUCAACUUAUUUAAGUAACAGUUGCAUGUCUAAUAGCUAUUCAGAUCACCCUGAUUUUUGUCAUACCAAUGACAUAUAUAAUAAAUCAGAAUCUCUCUCAAAAAAUAAAAUGGAGGAAUCUGGUAUUGAGCCAAUAGUCAAGAAUGUCAAAGACAGAAAAAACACUAGUUUUCCUGAAGUAAUAGCCACCAUAAGAGAAGCAAACACAUACCAGGAAACUGUAAAUGAAGGUGUUUGUGUCCAGAAAUUUGUGACUAACUCUUCACCAUACAAAAAUAAAAGCACAGAUACUGAAGUGGCCGUAUCUGAUUCAAAUAAUUUUGAGAUACGGUCUCCUGCAUUCAGUAUAGUAAGUGGUCAAAUGGCCUUUGUUUCACAUGGAAUGAAGGAGAGAGAGAUAUUUGCAGACAACUGCAAUAAGGUCAUUAGGAUAAACACUGAGAGUAAAUCAGGCACUGGCCACACAAAAACUGUGGCAGGUUAUCGUGAGGUGGUGGGUGAUUCGGAGGAUUUCAUUUUUCCUAACUCUGUGGAUAGUGAAGAGCAUAGCAUGCUUUCAUGUAAGGCUUUUGCUGACAUUCAGGGUGAAAAAAUUCUACAGCAUAGCCAAAGUAUAUCUAGAUCAGAGACAGUUUCUGAAAUGUUAUCUUGUCAGGGUAAUUUGAAAGCUUCUGAUACAUGUAGAUUUAAUACGGUCUCUAAUGCUUGUGGGAUUUUUAGCAUGGCAAGUGGGAAAUGUGUACAAGUGUCAGAUGCUGCCUUACAGAAGACCAGACGGGUCUUUUCUAAGCUGGAAGAGAGUCCUGAGCAGCUCUUUUCCAAAGUAGCCUUUGACCCUAAUGAAGAAUAUUCAGACAAGGUCACAAGAGAAAAAAAUACUAUGAUACAUAACCCCCAAAAUUUACCAUCACCUGCUUUCUCUGGAUUUAGUACAGCAAGUGGAAAACAGGUUCCUGUUUCAGAGAGUGCCUUAAACAAAGUUAAGGGGAUGUUAGAGGACUUUGAUUCACUCAGAACAGAAUGUGGUCUUCAGCAUUUACCUACAUCUGGACAAGAUGUGUCAAAACUGUCUCCUCUCUCCUGUAUCGAUAAGAGAACCCCAGAACACUCUGCAAACUGUAAAAUGGAAAAAGCAUGCAAUAAAGAAUUUAAAUUAUCACAUAACUGUAACUCUAAUAGUGAUUCUUCAGAAAAUACUCACUCUCUUGAAACUUCUCCAUGUCUCUCUCAGUUUAAGCAGUACCAACAACCAGUGGUAUUAGGAAGCAAAUUAUCGCUUGUUGAGAACAGCCAUCUUUUAGGAAAAGAACAAGCUUUACCUAAAAAUAUAAAAAUGGAAAAUGUGAAACCUGAAACUUUUCCUAAUCUUCCCAUGACAACUAGUAAAGAAAUUUGUUCCAAAGAUCCAGAAAACUGUUUUGAAACAGAAGCAGUAGAAAUUGCCAGAGCUUUUAUGGAAGAUGGUGAUCUGACAGAUUCUGAACUGCUAAGUCAUCCUGAACACUUUCUUCUUACCUGCCAAAAUGAGGAAACGGCUUUGUUAAAUUCAAGAAUUGGAAAAAGAAGAGGAGAUGCACUUGUCUUGAUUGGAGAGCCCCCAAUCAAAAGAAACUUGUUAAAUGAAUUUGACAGGAUAAUAGAAAAUCAAGAAAAAUCCUUAAAGGCUUCGAAAAUCACUCCAGAUGGUACAAUAAAAGAUAGAAGAUUGUUUAUGCAUCACAUUUCUUUAGAGCCAGUUACCUGUGGACCCUUUUGCACAACUAAAGAAAGGCAAGAAAUACAGACUCCAAAUUUUACUGAACCUGGUCAAGAAUUUCUGUCCAAAUCUCAUUUUUAUGAACAGCUGACUUUGGAAAACUCUUCAAGCAGUUUAUCAGUUUCAGGACAGCCAUUUUAUAAGAUUCCAGCCACAAGAAAUAAAAAAAGGAGAAACUCGAUUACUACAGGCAAACAAAUAAAAGUUUUUGUCCCACCUUUUAAAAAUAAAUCACAUUUUCACAGACGUGAUCAGUGUCUUGGCAACAGUACUAAUUUGGAAGAAAACAAGCAAAACCAAAAAAAUAUAGGUGAACAUGGCUCUAGUGGUAGUAAAAAUAAUAUUGAUGACACUGAAAUUCAUCAGCGUAACAAAGAUAACUCCAAUCAAGUAGCAACUAUAAUCUCCACAAAGAGUGAAGAAGAAUCUUUAGAUUUAAUUGUAAAUCUUCAGAAUGCCAGAGAUAUACAGGAUAUGCGAAUAAAAAUGAAACACAGGCAACGUAUUUUUCCACAGCCAGGAAGUCUGUAUCUUGCAAAAACAUCCACUGUGCCUAGAAUCUCUCUGAAAGUAGCAGUAGAAGGCCAAGUUCCCUCUGCAUGUUCCCAUAAACAGCUGUAUAUGUAUGGCAUCUCUAAACAUUGCAUAAAAAUUAACAGCAAAAAUGCAGAGUCUUUUCAGUUUCACACUCAGGAUUAUUUUGGUAAGGAAAGUUCAAUGGCUGGAAAGGGAACACAGUUGGCUGACGGUGGAUGGCUUAUACCCUCCAAUGAUGGGAAGGCUGGAAAAGAAGAAUUUUAUAGGGCUCUGUGUGACACCCCAGGUGUGGAUCCAAAGCUUAUUUCUCGAGGUUGGGUCUAUAAUCAUUAUAGAUGGAUUAUAUGGAAACUUGCAUCUAUGGAAUUUGCCUUUCCUAAGAAAUUUGCUAAUAGAUGCCUAACCCCGGAAAGGGUGCUUCUUCAACUGAAAUACAGGUAUGAUAUUGAAAUUGAUAGAAGCCAAAGAUCUGCUAUAAAAAAGAUAAUGGAAAGGGAUGACACAGCUGCAAGAACACUUGUUCUCUGUGUUUCUGAAAUACUUUCACCAAGCACAAGUCUACCUGAAACUUCUAGCAGUAAAACUAGUGGUGUGGAUACCAGCAAAGCAGCCAUUGUGGAACUGACAGACGGAUGGUACGCUGUGAAGGCCCAGCUGGACCCUCCCCUCUCAGCUCUCAUACAGAAAGGUAGACUUGCUGUUGGUCAGAAGAUCAUUACUCACGGAGCAGAACUGGUGGGCUCUCCUGAUGCCUGUGCACCUCUUGAAGCCCCAGAAUCUCUUAUGCUAAAGAUUUCUGCUAACAGUACCCGGCCUGCCUGUUGGUAUGCGAAGCUUGGAUUCUCUCCGGACCCUAGACCUUUUCCUCUCCCCUUGUCAUCACUUUUCAGUGAUGGAGGAAAUGUUGGUUGUGUUGAUGUAGUUAUUCAAAGAGCAUACCCUAUGCAGUGGAUGGAGAAGACAUCCUCUGGAUUAUACGUAUUUCGAAAUGAAAGAGAAGAAGAAAAGGAAGCAGCAAAACACAUGGAGGCCCAACAAAGGAAACUAGAAGCCUUAUUCACUAAAAUUCUAGCGGAAUUUGAACAGCAUGAAGAAAAUAUACCAAAACAAGGUACACUGUCAUAUACACUAACCAGACAACAAGUCCGUGCUAUGCAGGAUGGUGCAGAGCUCUAUGAAGCAGUAAGGACCGCACCAGACCCCAGUUACCUUGAGGGUUAUUUUAGUGAAGAGCAGUUAAGAGCCUUGAAUAAUCACAGACAGAUGUUGAAUGAUAAGAAGCAAGCACAGAUCCAGUUGGAAUUCCAGAAGGCUGUGGAAUCUGCUGAGAAAGGGGAGCAAAUGUUAUCAAGGGACGUUACAACUGUAUGGAAGUUGCGUAUCAUAAGCUAUGAGAAAAAAGAAAAAGAUUCAGCUAUAUUAAGUAUCUGGCGUCCAUCAUCAGAUUUAUAUUCCCUGCUAAAAGAGGGAAAGAGAUACAGAAUCUAUCAUCUUGCAACAUCAAAAUCUAAAAAUAAAUCUGGAAGAGCUAAUAUACAGUUAACAGCAACCAAAAACACUCAGUUUCAGCAAAUACAAGCUUCAGAUGAAAUCCUGUUCAAAGUUUAUCAGCCAAGGGAGCCGCUUCCCUUCAACCAAUUAUUGAAUCCAGACUUCCAGCCCCAUUGUUCUGAGGUGGACCUAAUAGGACUGGUAGUUUCUGUUGUGAAAAAAAUAGGUAUUACUCCUUUGGUAUAUUUGUCCGAUGAGUGCCAUAACUUACUGGCAAUCAAGUUUUGGAUAGAUAUUAAUGAAGACAUCAUUAAACCUCACAUGUUAAUUGCUGCGAGCAACCUCCAGUGGCGACCAGAAUCCAAAUCAGGAAUUCCUACUUUAUUUGCUGGAGAUUUUUCCAUGUUUUCUGCCAGUCCAAAGGAGAGCCAUUUUCAAGAGACAUUCCUCAAAAUGAAAAAUACCAUUGAGAAUAUUGAUAAAUUUUGCAAUGAUGCAGAAAACAAGCUUAUGCAUAUACUUAAUGCAAAUGAUCCCAAGUGGUCCACCCCAGCUAAAGACUGUACUUCAGAGCCAUACACUGUUCAGAAAGCCCUUGGUACGGGAAGUAAGUUUCUGAUGUCUUCUGCCAAUAGUGAGAUGAACUACCAAAGUCCUUUAUCACUUUGUAAGCCAAAAGGGAAAUCUGUUCCCACACCUGUAUCAGCCCAAAUGACUCCAAAGCCUUGUAAAGGGGAGAAAGAGGUUGACGACCCAAGAAACUGCAAAAAGAGACGAGCUUUGGACUUCUUGAGUGGACUGCCUUUACCUCCACCUGUUAGUCCCAUUUGUACAUUUGUUUCUCCAGCUGCACAGAAGGCAUUUCAGCCACCACGGAGUUGUGGCAUCAAAUAUGAAACACCUAUAAAGAAAAAAGAAUUGAGUUCUCCUCAGAUGACUCCACUUAAAAAAAUUAAUGACAUUUCUUUUUUGGAAAGCGAUUCAAUAGCUGACGAAGAACUCGCAUUGAUAAAUACCCAGGCCCUUUUGUAUGGUUCAGCAGGAAAAAAUGAACUGGUAUCAAUGGGUGAGUCCACUAGGACUGCUCCCACCUGUUCAAGAUACUGUCUUGAACGGAAAAGGCACUGUUUUACUCCUACAGUCACGAAACAGGAGAAUUCCCACAUUAGUACUGGGGAAACGGGAGAUUCUACGCAGGACACAAGUACAAUACAAGAUAUAUCUAAGAGACUGCAAAGGCGACAGAACCGAAAAUGAUAACAAUGAGUUAGUCACCUUUCUAGUUUGUAACACAUGCAGUUUCAAACUGCACACCCGUAUUUGCAAAAUGAGAAGUAGUUCUGAAUUUACCUACCUGAGUGCUUAUAUAUCGGAGGAAUGCUCUUUGCCUGCAUCUAUAUUACUAUACUUUUAUUUCAGUUAUAGAUCUUAAAACUGAUUAUAUAUUAACUAAUCAAGGGAAAAAAUCACCUUUAAAUGUUUUUGACGGGAUUUGCUCACUACAAGUAUUUUACAAAUGAACUACACAUACCCUUUUCUUUCAUAUUGUGUCCUUAAUUAAAUGAAACUAGGUUUCCAGGUACAAUUUUUUGACUCACAUAAUUUCUUUUAGUUUAGUUCCUAUUUUCAGUUUGGGUUUUUUUUUGUUUGUUUUUUAGAGGUAACCCACUAUGAACCACUUUCCUUAAUGCAUGUGUUGGUUCUACUAUAGUUCUGUC